AUGGACCAUUCGUGUGUGUUGAUUUUCCUUAUGUCACUGUCUCUCUCGCAACAGACAGCUUUUGCCCAAUCUGAAGAGUGCCGUACGGCGAUGCCUGCGGACAUCGUGUUCUUGGUAGACGAGUCUUGGGCUAUUGGGCCGUCCAGUUUCCAGCACAUUAAAGAGUUCAUUGCCUCCGUCAUCAGAGCCUUCCAGGACAGCAGAGUGGGAGAGGAGGGUGUGCGCUUCGGAGUCACUGUCUACGGAGACAUUCCCAGGAUGAGGAUUGCUCUGACAGAUUAUUCCACCAUGGAGGAGGUCCUGAGGGUGGUGGAGGAAUUGCCUUAUGAGGGCGGGGGCAGCCGAACUGGUGAGGCACUGGAGUUCCUCGUGGAGUCCGUCUUUAGUCCCUCCAUUGCCAGAGAAAACGCACCCAAGAUUGCAGUGCUGAUCACCGAUGGCAGAUCAGAUGAUGCGACUGAGGGGCCGGCUAAAGCUGUGAUGGACAGUGGGAUCUCUCUCUUUGCUGUUGGUGUGAGAAAUGCCGACCAAUCAGAGCUGAGGAGGAUUGUGACAGAGCCGGUGGAGGAACACCUGUUACUGAGCCCGGAUUUCUCCUUUCUGGAUGCACUGCUGCCCAAACUGAUCCGCCGCGUCUGUUUCACUGCCUCAGAACCACCUCGACCCAUCAAACCCAAUCAGCCUGUGGUGGAGCGAGUGGUAGGGCCCAAGGACCUGCAGGUGAGUGAACUGGGCUACAGCUCUAUGAGGCUGAGCUGGACUCAGGCCACCGGUGAUGUGACGGGUUAUCGCCUGCUGGUCGUACCACUGUCCCCGAAGGGCCAUCUGCUCCAAACACACCAGAGACAGAUUGAUCUGAAAGGGGAUGUAAGCCAUAUCCUUGUUGAGAGUUUGGCUCCUAAGACUGAGUACUCUCUGACUGUGUACGCCAUCUACCCCAGCCGCAUUGGAGACUCAGCAACCAUCGUCACUCAGACAACUCCUGUUCCUCCAGUGGCAAACUUCCGUGUGAUUGAAGAGGGUCUUUUCUCCUUACGGCUGGGCUGGACAGCGCUUGGCAAAGUGACUGGAUACAAAAUUCUGAUUCCCCGAUCAAACAGACCUGGGUUGAGUUAUGAACAGAUGUUGGGAGGUGACGUGACCACUCAUGUAAUUGACAGUUUGGAGGAGGAUAAAAAAUACACUGUUAGCAUUUAUGCCAUUUACCCAGAGGGCAUCAGUGAGUCUGUAUCUGUGGACGGAAGAACAUUAAAACUGGUGCCUGUGGAGCAGCUCCUGGUGCAGAACGCGACCACAGACACGGUGCAGGCACGCUGGUCCUCUGUCCGUGGGGCUUCCGGUUAUCGUCUCACCUGGUCCUCCUCAGAGGGUCACAUAGAGAGUGUGAACCUGGGUGACAACUUUGACUUCUACAUGAUCCAGGGCCUCUAUCCCGGCACAGACUACACUGUCACCAUUAACCCCAUCUUUGUGGACGUAGAGGGUCCAGUUACUACGGCCAAAGCCAAGACAUUGGAGAGUAGUGCAGUACAGACUCUAAAGGCUACGGCUGUGAGCACCAGCAGUGUACAGACAUCAUGGAAUGCAGUACCAGGAGCCACAGGUUACAGACUGGCCUGGGGUCCCACCGCAGAGUUUGUUGGUCGGGACCGUCCCAGGCAGCUGGCUCUGAAUGGCAGCACCACAGAGUAUGUGCUGAAGAAUUUGGUCCAUGAUACAGAGUAUGUUCUCUCUCUCUAUGUUCUCUUUGGUUCUGUGGUAGGACCUGGGAUCACUGCCACAUUCAGGACCUCACCUCUGGGCUAUGUCUCUAACUUCAAGGUGACCUCUUAUACCAGCACCUCCAUCGACGUUGAGUGGAGUGCCAUUGUAGGAGCGACAGAAUAUAAGCUCAUCUGGAACUCAGAGGAUGGGACAAUUCAGAGCCGUUAUCUGGAUCGUAGUGUCCUCUUUCAUCGCAUCGACGGCCUGCGUCCAGGCACCCUUUACUCUGUCAGUAUUCACGCCCUCUACGGCAACACAGAGGGACCAGAAAUCUCCCUCUCCCAGCAGACAGCCUCUUUGACAGACUCUGACCUGAUUCAGACAGUGAGGGAUGUGAAAGUGGUGGAUAUUGGUGUUAACUCAUUUAAACUAGCCUGGAGAAAAACACCAGGAGUGUCUGGAUACAGAGUCACCUGGACUCCUUUCCAUGGUGGAGAGGAGAGGAGUGGAAUGGUGUCAGCUUCCUCCACUGUGUACACCAUCUCUGGCCUGCAGGAGAGCACUGCCUACAAGAUCAAGCUCUCAUCUGUGGUUGGGCAAAGAGAGGGCAGUCCGGUUAUGGUCACAGCACGCACCUUGGACCUGCCUAAAGUGAAUGGCUUCACUGCACUAAACACUACAGACAACAGCACAGUGCUGAACUGGACCCGUGUGGCCGGCGUCUCAGGCUACCAGCUCUCAUGGAGACACAUUUCGCAGCUGGAGAGCAAAACGGAGCUGCUUGGUCCAACUUUCACCUCGUACAAAAUCACUGACCUGCAGUAUGGUCGGACGUACCUAUUUUACAUCCGUCCGCUCUAUGGAGAGGUGGAGGGCCCCGUCACCACCAUUACCCAGAGGAUAGUUAAUAAAGGGCCUCGGCUUGUGCCUGUUCGGACUAUGUCUGCCACGCCGGCUCCAUCCCCGCCUAAUACCAUUACCACCUCAAAGCGUUCCCAUGGUGACAUCAACGGUUAUGUGACUGCCAGAUACACCCGUACCGCUAUUCCCAAGGCACCCAGCAAGGUCACCACACCCAAGAAACAUGACACUAAGCCUGAGCUGGCCAUCACCCAGAGUCCAGUGGCUCCUGCUUUUACCAAAAUCACGACCACAGCAGGCAACUCAGCUACAGUCUCUGUGCAAACGCAGAAACCUGGACCAGUUUGUGGCAGGAUGAAGGCAGACAUUGUGUUCCUGGUCGAUGAAUCCUCGAGUAUCGGCUCCAAUAACUUUGGGAAAGUGAAAGAUUUCCUGUUCCGGGUUGUGACUUAUUUCCCCUCCAUCGGCCCUCAGGGCACACAGUUUGCAGUGGUACACUACAGUGAUCAUCCCAGAAUAGAGUUCCACCUGAAGGACCACAAAGACCGCAACUCUGUCCUUAGGGCACUCAGGAUGGUCCAGUACAGUGGGGGAAACACCAGAACAGGUCGUGGGAUCAGCUACGUUCUGAAGGAGCUCUUCCAGGAGUCUCUAGGUAUGAGGCAGGAGGUACCUCAUGUACUGGUGGUCAUUACGGAUGGGAGAGCCCAGGAUGAUGUGGAGCCCCCAUCCAGGAUAGCGCACGCCCUCGGCGUGAGUGUUCUGGCUGUUGGCGUGGCUAAUGCAGACAUGGAAGAAUUACAAAAGAUUGCUUCGCCCACUACUUACAAGAACAUCUUUUACAUCAGCACCUUUGAAGAUUUCCCCUCCAUAGAGAGAGAGUUCAUCAGCAGCAUCUGUAGUGAGGCGUUACUCUCUGAAUUUAAAGUACAUGAUGAGUCUGCCCAGCUGGAUACACCCACAAGUGACCCAGAACCUCUUGGGAAACCUGAAGGGCCCUGUCCAUCUCAGUGCAUGAAGGGUCAAAAGGGGGAGAAGGGAGACGCAUUUGGACUCGGUGGUCUGAGGCUGAAACAAGGCUCUUCAAACUUUGAUAUGUUCAAUUUCAAGGCUAAAGGGGAGAAAGGAGAGAGAGGGCUUCCCGGAACAGAUGGUGUCCCGGGGUUACCCGGGCGACCUGGGAGAACUGGACCCCCUGGCUCUGCUGGUCUAAGGGGGCUAUCUGGAAUCCCUGGAGAUAUGGGUCCUCCUGGUGUCCCUGGACCGAAAGGCCAGAGAGGAGAGAGAGGAGAACCUGGCUACGUCAUAGGGAAUAUGGAUGUGGUCCCAGGGCGGAAGGGAGAACCUGGAUCCUCUGGUCCCCAAGGAAUUCCUGGAGUGCCAGGUGUCUCAGGACCACCUGGACUCCCUGGUCAACCAGGUCCCCCAGGCCCACCUGGAAUCUCCAUUAAAGGUGACUCAGGUGAGCCAGGUCUCAAGGGACCACGUGGGAAGCCAGGACCCAAAGGAGAGAAAGGAGAUGAUGGGAAGGACGGCCAGGCAGGGUUGCCUGGACCAAUAGGACUGGAUGGGAUCCCUGGUGUCCCAGGUCAGAAGGGAGAAAAGGGAGAGCAGGGCAUAGGAAUUCAAGGCAUUGAGGGACCACGUGGACCACCCGGAGAAAAGGGAAAUACUGGACUCACAGGUCCAGUUGGUCUAAAGGGUGAAACUGGAAGUCAAGGGAUCCAAGGAAUCGUUGGACCACGUGGAAAAAGAGGAUUGAAAGGAGACCAGGGGGAGAAGGGUGAUCGAGGAGAAGUUGGGCCUUUGGGACCUCAGGGACCAGCGGGCUUGCCUGGAGCCAAUGGACAGAAAGGGGAUGAGGGACAACGUGGACCUCCUGGAGACCCAGCAAAAGGGAUUAUUGGUCCCACAGGGAAAAAGGGUGUCCGGGGAGAGGUUGGGCCGGUGGGACCGCCUGGACCGCGGGGAGAGAAGGGGGUUCAGGGAGACAAAGGAGAAAAGGGUAGCCCCGGUUUUGGGAUACCUGGGCAGCAAGGCCCCAAGGGAGAGAGUGGGGAAAGGGGCAACGUUGGAUUAUCUGGGAAACCAGGCCCAAAAGGCAGUGAUGGUGCCAAAGGGGAAAAGGGUGAUUUUGGUUUCCCAGGAAAUCCAGGAGCACCAGGACUAAGAGGUAAAGAUGGUUUAUUGGGAGCCAAAGGAGAUCCAGGAGCUAAGGGUGAGCCUGGCCCAGCUGGAGACCCUGGAGAGAGAGGAGUCAGGGGCCCAUUGGGUCUCCCAGGGAGACCAGGAGACUCGGGGGAGAAAGGUGAUCCAGGAAUGAUUGGGUUACCGGGACCUGAGGGACUUAAAGGGGAGAAAGGAGAACCGGGUAAGCCAGGGCCCCCUGGACCCCCUCAAGUGGCUGUGUCAGACAACAAUAUCCUCACAAGAGUCAUUAAGGGUGAGCCUGGUGACCCGGGCCCUCAGGGAGAAAAAGGCCUACCAGGACCAAGAGGCCCUGAAGGAAAGCCUGGACCUCCAGGAAAUUCCGUGGGUGAACAGGGAAAGAAAGGCGAGCCAGGACCCAAAGGAGAAAAGGGAGAUACAGGUCGAAUGGGCAUUGCUGGCAUGCCUGGUUUGCCCGGUACUCCUGGCAGACCUGGCAUUGAUGGGAAACGAGGGAUGGCUGGAAAAGAUGGGACACAAGGGCUCAAAGGAGAUGAUGGCAAAAAGGGCGAAAAGGGGGAACCUGGUGCUGAUGGAAGCAAAGGUGAACCAGGUCCUCCAGGGUUGCCAGGUCCUCCAGUCCUGGUGAACACACAGGAGGGAGCUUCGAUAGAUGAUAUAAGAAAAGCUUUUCCCAAGCCAAUGGGACCUCCUGGGCCAGCGGGCCCUCCUGGAAUGAAGGGAGAGAAAGGUGAAAGGGGUAACAAAGGAGAAAAGGGAGAUCCUGGCAUACCUGGGAGAACUGUUGAGAUGAAGGAUAUUGAGAUUAUGUUUGAGUCAUACGGCAUUCGGUUGCCCCUGCUGAAGGCCUUCAUGGACAGGCUCCUGCAGGAUGGGAUGGAGGAACUUCUGGAAGUGAUCAGUUCUAACAAACGAGUUAAAGGAGAGAGGAAGGAGCCCAGCUCUAACAUCAUUACUGAGUACACUAGCGCUGUGAAAUUUGAUAUCUCUGCUGAGCGGGUGACAGACGUGCGCUCUGUGGAGGAGGAAGAAAGAGACACAGAAGGUCAACUUCCAGAGCCCUACACUAAAUCUUUGAAUGAAGCUGAAGAAGGCCCUCCAGUCCACAGCUCCAUCACUGUCAGCGGAGGCUCUGAGCUGGACAGGACAGGUGGCACUGCUGGAGGAGAGAAGAGUGGAGAGAGGAUGGGUCCAGGUGGAGCAGAGGUAGGUACGGGUGCCAUCCUCAGUCUGGAAGAUUCCGCAAAGCAGCCGUCUGGAGAGAAGAAGAAAGGACGAGAGAGAGGAAGGGGCAAAGGGAAUAAAGGCCGACAGAAACGCCAAAGGAAACUAUUGGAUGACAAUAAGGAGGAUGAGGAAGAUGGGGAAGAGGAGAUGUACAAUGGUGAAGAUUAUAGCUAUGAAUAUGAGGAUGAGGUGUUCACUGAAAAACCUUUUUUCUCGACAGAGGCUGUGAAGGAUGAAGAAAAGGAAGGACAGAUACUGAAUCAAAGAGGAGAAACAGAGGAAGAGGAGGACUGGGAAAUAGAGAGUGAAUGGGACACACUUGAGGAGGGUGAACGAGUGAUUAAAACUGAGACUGACGGAGAGUAUAGUUCUGGUGAUGGAGGUGAGGAGACAGAUGAGGAAAGGAACGCAGAGGAAGAGCUGGAGAUGGAAAGAGAGAGGGACAGGGUGGAGAUGGAAAGAGAGAGAAUGGAACUGGAGCGGGAAAGACAAGAAGAGUUAGAGAGAGAAAGAGAAAGGGAAGCGGAGUUGGAGAGAGAGAUAAUGGAGGAGAGGGAGAGACAGCUGGAGAGACAGAGGAUGGAGUGGGAGAGACAAAGGGCAGAGAUGGAGUUGGAAAGACAGCGAGGGAGGACAGGUGAGGAAGACGAAGAGGAAGAGGUGGAUAUGAGGAUACAUGCCAUACCAUGUGAUUAUCUGAAGGGGGCACCUGGUGAGCCUGGACGACCUGGGCCUAAGGGUAUGAUUGGGGAGAAAGGACAGAAGGGAGAGCCAGGGAUCGGCCACAGAGGUCCUGUGGGCCAGGCUGGUCCACCCGGACAAAAGGGUGAACCUGGAGAACCGGGGCCUCCCGGUGCUCAGGGCAUCCAGGGGAUCCGUGGCAGCCCUGGUAUCCCAGGCUCACAGGGUAUGAGAGGUGUGCCGGGAGACCCAGGAGAACCAGGCAGAGAGGGGGAUAGAGGAAGGCGAGGGAAGAAUGGUUCACCUGGUGCUCCAGGGGCCCCUGGUCCUCCAGGACAACAGGGUCCUUCAGGCAUUCCUGGUGUCAAAGGUCAGAAGGGUGACAAUGCCCCAGGGGAACCAGGAGAGAGGGGUAUUGCUGGACUCCCAGGUCGCAGGGGGGCUAAGGGCACAAAUGGGGCUAGAGGACCACCAGGACACAUAGGUCCCAAAGGUCUACCAGGAACAAAAGGACUGAAGGGUGAUCGAGGACUACCUGGAAACAGAGGAGAGAAGGCGAGUCCUCUCAGCAUCCCAGGACCACGAGGAUAUAAGGGUUUGAAAGGAGACGCGGGUGAACGUGGACCACCUGGCUUUGAUGGGGAUAAAGGAGAGAAAGGAGAAGAUGGACCCCCUGGGGUGAAGGGGCUGAAAGGGGAGAAUGGAAACAAGGGAGCAGUUGGACCUUUUGGGGCCCGUGGCCCAGUGGGACAGAAGGGAGAUCCUGGUGAGCCUGGUGUCAAUGGAAUAAAGGGUCGUAAUGGAGAGCGUGGAUUGGAUGGAGAGAAGGGCGAUAAAGGAGAGAAAGGACUGCCGGGCCACAAGGGAGACCCGGGUGAGACAGGUGAGCCUGGAUUACCAGGAGACGCAGGAGUUAAAGGAGAGAAAGGAUUCCGAGGGUUGCCUGGACGCAUGGGGAGCCCGGGUCUGGAUGGAGACCAGGGCGAGACAGGGUUUCCUGGGACACCUGGUAUUCCAGGGCUAAAUGGGCUCCCAGGUCGUAAGGGAGAUAAGGGAGACAGUGGCCUGAAUGGACUUGAUGGGGAGCCCGGACAGAAAGGAGAGAAGGGUGCCACAGGAUUUCCAGGUUUUCCUGGGUUUAAAGGAUCUGCUGGAACCCCAGGGGCUAAUGGAGCGCCUGGUAGACCUGGUCCAGUUGGACCCAAAGGGGAAAUGGGACCCAAGGGAGAGAGAGGAAGGAGAGGUCGGGUUAAACCAUGCCUGAGAGGAGCGCCUGGAACUCCAGGCCAACGGGGGAAAAAUGGAGAGCCAGGAAUAGAAGGCUUGAGAGGAGAGAAAGGAGAACCUGGACUCUCUGUAGAGGAGGUCAAGGAUCUGGUGACCCAGGAGGUGGUGGGGAAAUGUGACUUUCUACAGCGGACGAACUCCAAAGUCCCAGACUCUGACAACGGACUGGACAAGGAGGAAAAGACUGAGGGGUCCGUUUAUCCCUCCGUCUCCACACGACUUGAAAAAGAGGAAGAGAAGGAGGAAGAUGAGCAGACCACCAUCCCUCCUACUGUUUUGAGUGCAGAGACAUCGACAGGCUAUGACAACCUUACUAGGUUGGACUCUACUGCGUGUCUGGAGCCCAUGUCAGAGGGACAGUGCUCUGACUAUGUGCUGCUGUGGUACUAUCACCAGGCCUCAGCUGAGUGCCGGCCCUUCCUCUACGGUGGCUGUGGAGGGAACCAUAACCGCUUCACCACCAAACAGCUUUGCCAAACACUAUGCAAACAGAUCAGAACAGGUAAGAAAGCCAAUCAAAGUUAUUCAGACACUGAGUUGGCCAAAGGAUAG